AUGAUGACAAAGUUCUACCAGCACAUCCUUGCAUUGGUGUUCGCAGUCCAUGAGAUCAAUGAGAACCCCAUGAUCUUGUCCAAUGUUACUCUGGGGUUCCACAUCUGUGACAGCUACUAUGACAUGAAGAUGACCUAUUGUACCACUCUGGAUCUGUUGUUCAAAUCCUAUAGAUAUUUUCCAAACUAUGAAUGUGACUCCAAGAAAAACCUAAUGGCCAUCAUUGGGGGAAUUAGCUACGAUAUUUCCUUCGAUAUGGCAAACAUCCUCCAUCUUUACAAGAUUCCACAGCUCCCGUAUGGCUCAUUUGCCCCCAAGGAAAAAGAUGCUGCACAUUUGACUUCCUUUGUUCAUACGAUUCCUAAUGAAUCCUAUCAGCAUAUGGGGAUUAUCUGGUUGCUAAAGCAUUUUGGAUGGAUGUGGGUUGGGCUCUUUGUUAUGGAUAACGAUGAUGGAGAACAUUUUGUUCAGGCCAUGGAGCAGCUGGUCUCCCAGAAUGGAAUAUGUUUGGCCUUCACUGUAAGAAUCUCAAACCAAGAUGAUUUCAAUUCCUUCGAUGUUCUUCUUGAUUUAGUCUCAAAAAUAUAUGAGCCUCUCAGUGAUAGUAAAGCCAACACAAUUAUCCUUUAUGGAGAAUCCUUGGCUUUUGGAGCGCUUCUUAGUUUGCUGUAUGUAGGCAAUCCUAGAUAUAAUGAAAACACCUCAUUUAGGAAGGUGUGGGUUAUAGCAGCCCAGAUUGAUUUUGCAUUAUUUGGCCUUCAGAAGGGAAUGGAUUUUGAAAUCUUCCAUGGUGCCAUUGUCUUCAGAAUUCACUCAAAUGAGCUUCCAGAAUUCCAAAAGUAUCUUCAGGACAUAAAACCUCCUGGGAAACCAGGAGAUGGUUUCUUUAAGACCUUCUGGGAGCAAGCAUUUGAGUGUACAUUUUCAAAUGACUAUGAGCCAUCUGAUGUUAGUGGUUCAUGCACUGGGCAGGAGAGCCUCAAGAGUCUCCCCAGACCUUAUUUUGAGACACACACAACUGGUCACAGCUACAGAAUCUAUAAUGCAGUCUAUGCCGUAGCACACGCUUUGCAACUGUUUGCCUCCUCCAGAUCCCGCCAGAGAUGGAAGAGGGAUGGUGAAACAGCAGACCUUCAAGAUGUCUUGCCUUGGCAGGUCCAACCACUUCUUCAAGGAGUUUCAUUUAAUAACUCAGCAGGGGAAACAAUAUCCUAUAAUAAGGACAGAGAAACGGGAGCUAGAUUGGACAUUAUGAACUUUGUCACUUUUCCAAACAAUUCCUUCCGGAUGGUGAAUGUUGGAAAGAUGGAUCCCAGUGUUGUCGAAGGGAAAGAAUGCAUGAUCCAAGAAGAUUUGAUUGUCUGGCCAAGAAUUUUUAACCAGGGACUGCCCCGGUCUCUGUGCAAUGACCGCUGCAAGCCCGGCUUCCAGAAGAAAAAGAAGGAAGGGGAGAAAUUUUGCUGCUAUGAUUGUGCUCUGUGCCCGGAAGGGAAAAUCACAAAACAGACAGAUAUGGAUGACUGUAUCGAAUGUGCAGAAGAUCAAUAUGCAAGCACGGAGCGUGAUCGAUGUGUGCCGAGGAUUAAAAGCUUUCUUUCUUAUGAAGAACCUUUAGGGAUCAUGUUGACUUCCACUGCUCUUUCUUUCUCCCUGAUCACAUUGAUGGUUCUGGGAAUUUUUAUUAAGCACAAAGAUACCCCCAUAGUCAAAGCCAACAACUGGGAUAUCACCUACAUGUUUCUGGUUUCCCUUUUACUCUGCUUCCUCUCUUCUUUGCUAUUCCUUGGACAACCAAAUGGUGUGACCUGCUUCCUCCAACAAUCCAUUUUCAGCAUCAUCUUUUCCAUGGCUGUUUCUUGUUUGUUGGCCAAAACCAUCACUGUGGUUGUCGCUUUCAUGGCCACCAAGCCAGGGUCCAACCUGAAGAAAUGGGUGGGGAAAAGACUGACCGUUUCCACUGUCUUUUUCUGUUCUCUUCUUCAAGUAGGCCUUUGUACAGUGUGGCUAGGAACCUCACCCCCUUUCCCAGAUUUGGAUAUGCAGACAUUAACUAGGGAGAUCAUUGUAGGGUGUAACGAAGGCUCUGCCAUCAUGUUUUACAGUGUUUUGGGCUACUUGGGACUUCUCUCUCUCAUCACCUUGACUGUGGCUUUCCUAGCCAGGAAGUUGCCAGACAGUUUUAAUGAGUCCAAGUUCAUCACCUUCAGCAUGCUGAUUUUUUGUAGUGUUUGGGUGACUUUUGUUCCUUCCUACCUGAGCACCAAAGGGAAAUAUAUGGUAGCUGUGGAGAUCUUCUGUAUCUUAGUCUCCAGUGCUGGGUUACUGGCUUGUAUCUUUUCCCCCAAAUGCUACAUUAUUGUGCUGAGGCCUGAGUUGAACAACAGGGAACAAAUGAUGACAAAGUUCUACCAGCACGUCCUUGCAUUGGUGUUUGCAGUCCAUGAGAUCAACGAGGACCCCAUAAUCUUGUCCAAUGUCACUCUGGGGUUCCACAUCUACGACAACUACUAUGAUAUGAAGAUGACCUAUCGUAUCACUCUGGAUCUUAUGGCAACAAAAUUUUACCAGCACCCGCUGGCCUUGGCGUUUGCUGUAGACGAGAUCAACAGGAAUCCCAACAUCUUACCCAAUGUCACUCUCGGGAUUCCACAUCUGCGAUGUCUACAGUGA